AUUGCGCAGGCUUUAAUGAUGGAAACAUGUCAUGUGUAGGUGGAACAGAAAAGAACAUUGCCAUUCUGAAUGAUGUAUGCACUGUUCUGUAAGACUGGUGAGGGGAGCUCUGCAGCCGCACCAGUCAAAUCGUCUUGACUGUGCGUUGAGUAGCUGAGAUCUGUCUUAUCUUCACCUUAUAAUGCGCAGGCGUGAUCCUAUCUGAGCCCCGCAAAAGCUUUUACCAUCUGAACUAGACGUCGUGUGCGCUGCUCUUCAUGUCGUGCUCCAACGUAUGCUAAAAAUUUGAUAGAUAUAUUUUGCAGAUCAAUUACAGCCGGGACAUGAAGGUUUAUUCGGUAGCUGAUCUCUCCGAACAACACAAUUCAACCUGUAGAUAGUGUGGAACGCGUCUGUGGCCACCGUCCAGUCUAGGCUAUCUGGGACGCUCUGCCUCCAGCCCGCUGUGCGCGUCUUUUACCGUUGGCUCCGGUCUGUGUCGGCGUGGGAUCCGGUGUUCCCUUUGACCUAAGCUGUGAGCAGGUAUUCAGUUUAUGAAUGGCACUGACAUGGAGGAAAUACCGUUUCAGAAAGUCAAAACCAGGCGGAAGAGAAGUCACUGUCCACCGGGCGUCCCUUUGACCACCAUCGCGUGUGAGGACGAGUUCGACUGCAAGGAGCUCGAGUCCCUCUUCCAGAACUACAACCUGAAGCUGGAGCAGACGUCCACUCUCAAAGCCCUGGCCGUCCUCAUCUUCAUGUCCUCGACGCUGGCCGUGGUGGAGUUGCUGUCCGGCCCCAGCCUCACCAUCUCCAAGGGGUCCCAUCCGGUCCACUGUGUCAUCUUCGUCUCCCUGUUCAUCGUAACUAAUGUCAAGUACCUGCAAGUGACUCAGCUACAACAGAUUGUAAACCUGACGCUGCUCUUCGGCUUCACUUUCUCUUUCCUCUGCUGUCCCUUCUCGCUGGGCGCGAUGGGGAUGGAGCCCCCGACGUCUCCGGAGCAAGGCAUGUGGCAAGUCAUCCUGGUCACCUUCGUCGCCUAUGCGCUCCUACCUGUGCGGACACUCUUGGCUGUUGUGUUAGGAAUAAUGGUCUCCAUCUCGCAUUUGAUUGUGACUGCCACUUCUGUCACAGUGAAAACACAGAAACUAUGGAGAACGUUGGUUGCCAACACAGUGCUGUUCACCAGUGUCAACCUGUCAGGGCUGUUUGUGCGCGUCCUGACAGAACGAGCCCAGAGGAAGGCCUUCCUGCAGGCUCGCAACUGCAUUGAAGAGAAACUCCGCAUGGAGGACGAGAACGAGAAACAGGAGCGCCUGCUAAUGAGUCUGUUGCCCAGGAACGUAGCUAUGGAGAUGAAAGAGGAUUUCCUGAAGCCCCCAGAAAGGAUCUUUCACAAAAUCUACAUCCAGCGCCAUGACAAUGUCAGCAUCUUGUUUGCAGAUAUAGUCGGUUUCACCAGCCUGGCCUCCCAGUGCACAGCCCAGGAACUGGUUAAACUGUUAAAUGAGCUGUUUGGAAAGUUUGAUGAGCUUGCCACGGAGAACCACUGUCGCAGGAUUAAGAUCCUGGGGGAUUGUUACUACUGUGUGUCUGGACUCACCCAACCCAAGACUGACCACGCCCACUGCUGUGUAGAGAUGGGUCUGGAUAUGAUUGACACCAUAACGUCAGUAGCAGAGGCCACAGAAGUCAACCUAAACAUGCGCGUGGGCUUGCAUACAGGUCGGGUGUUGUGUGGUGUGCUGGGCCUCAGGAAAUGGCAAUAUGAUGUGUGGUCCAAUGAUGUGACCCUAGCUAAUGUGAUGGAGGCUGGAGGACUACCUGGGAAAGUCCACAUUACCAGAUCUACGCUGGAGUGCCUAAAUGGAGAUUAUGAGGUGGAGCCUGGAAACGGACAUGAAAGGAACGCCUUCCUACAAAAACAUGAAAUUGAAACCUUCUUUAUAGUGCCAUCUCACCGACGGAAGAUAUUCCCAGGAUUGAUUCUUUCGGAUAUAAAGCCCGCCAAAAAGAUGAAGUUCAAAACUGUGUGCUACUUACUAGUGCAGCUUAUGCACUGCAGGAAGAUGUUCAAGGCUGAGAUUCCCUUCUCCAAUGUCAUGAACUGCGAGGACGGUGAUAAGCGGAGGGCCAUGCGGACAGCUCCGCAGAAGCUGAGGAAUCGUUCCAACACAAACCAAGCUAAUCUUAUCCAGAGCAGCCCCAGAACCCGGGUCAACCGCUACAUCGGUCGGCUGAUCGAGGCCCGCCAGACCGAGUCAGACACGGCAGACCUCAACUUCCUCACACUCAUGUACAAGUGCUCUGACCGCGAGCAGAGGUACCACCAGGUUCCUGAUGAGUACUUCACCAGCGCAGUGGUCCUCUCUCUGAUCCUAGCUGCCUUGUUUGGCCUUGUCUAUCUUCUCAUCAUACCACAGGGCACAGUGGUACUAGUCCUUCUCGUCUUCUGCAUCUGUUUCCUAGUAGCUUGUAUCAUGUACCUGCAUAUCACUAGAAUACAGUGUUUUCCAGGGUGCCUGACCAUUCAGAUUCGCACUGCUCUCUGUAUUCUCAUAGUGCUCUUAAUCUACGCUGUGGCCCAGGCCUGUGUGGUGGGCUGUAUGCCCUGGUUUUGGGGUAGUGCCAGCACCAACAGCUCCAUCGUCAUCAUUGAUGUGAACAGCGGGGCCAACCACACCAUGGCAGAGCUUCCUUGUGACGGUGCUCGCUACGCCUUUCUGUCCUGUGUGGUGGGCACACUCACCAUGGCACUUUUCCUGCGGGUCUCCUGGCUGCCAAAGAUGGCGCUAAUGCUCCUUCUAGGGGUGCUGUAUGUCACUGUGUUGGAGCUCAGUGGCUUUCGCAAGACUGCAGGUGGGGGGUCCUUCCACAUCCGGGGCUAUGAGCCCAUCCUGUCUCUGUUGCUCUUUGUCAGUGCCCUGGCCCUCCACUCCAGGCAACUUGACCUCAAACUACGCUUGGACUUCCUAUGGGCUGUGCAGGCGGAAGAGGAAAGAGAUGGCAUGGAGAAAGUCAAGCUGGACAACAGGAGGAUUCUCUUCAAUCUUCUGCCCGCACACGUGGCUCAACACUUCCUAAUGUCAAACCCUAGGAACAUGGUGAGCCUCGCUAAUAGACAGGCAGACAGACAGACAGACAAACAGGAUCUAUACUAUCAGUCCUACGCACAAGUUGGUGUCCUGUUUGCCUCAAUCCCAAACUUCAAUGAUUUCUACAUCGAGCUGGAUGGCAACAACAUGGGAGUGGAGUGCCUGAGACUACUGAAUGAGAUCAUUGCUGACUUUGAUGAGCUCAUGGAUAAGGAGUGCUACAAAGACAUAGAGAAAAUCAAAACCAUUGGCAGUACAUACAUGGCAGCUGUGGGCCUCGUCCCCACCGUUGGUACCAAGGCUAAAAAAUCUGUUUACGACCAUCUGAGCACAAUAGCAGACUACGCCAUUGAGAUGUUUGACGUUUUAGAUGAAAUCAACUAUCAGUCAUACAAUGAGUUUGUCUUGAGAGUGGGUAUUAAUGUAGGUCCAGUGGUUGCAGGGGUUAUUGGGGCACGGCGACCUCAGUAUGACAUCUGGGGGAACACAGUCAAUGUGGCAAGCAGGAUGGACAGCACUGGAGUGCCGGGAAAGAUACAGGUGACCGAAGAGGUCUAUCGCCUGCUGAAUACCAACUAUGACCUGGUUUGCCGUGGCAAAGUCAGUGUCAAGGGUAAAGGUGAGAUGCUGACCUACUUCCUGGAAGGGAAGGUUCAGGGCGUGGGCACUGUAACCACUUCUUCAGUGGUGCGUUCCGCCAGCCUGGCGCGUCGGAUCCACUCCUGUGGCAAGACGAGUGUCCCGACCAAUCUGGGCAGCGUCUCCUCCGCCGCCAGCCUGACUGCUUUUGCCAGCAUGGGCAGCAGCAUGCAGAUGAACACUGCCAAUAGCAGCAACAGCCAAGCAGCAUGCCUGCCAUCACCUUGCGUGCCCGCGGUGGGUGAGGUGGACGAGGAGGAGGACGUAGAGGUGACACACAUUGAGAUUGAGACUGUGGCAGCUGUUGCAGACGUAGCAGUGUAGGAAGAAAGACCACACUAAAAACUUAAACUUCAAUGAAAAAAGGAAAGAAAACCCUUGUUGGAGGCCUAGAGAAGACAGGGCUGACCAGGUAUUUACUAUAAAUUCUGAGCUACUGGCACAACCCAGAAUAUGCUCAUUCAGGAUAUGAACAUCCCAAGAAAUGACAUGGUGAUACGGACAAUCAUACAUACUUUUAAGGAUUUUUAACUGCUUGCCACUCUUGGAAGACAAAUGUGGAGUGAAGAAGAAUGAUACCCGGAAUCUCAAAUCCUCUUUUAACAUCUCUAUACCAGAUGAUUAGAUUUGUGGUGUUCCUGGGUUCCCUCAGAUCCAGGUAUAAUGUGCUUAUUUGUUUUAUAUGUAGUACGUAUUCCAUGUACAAGGGAUAUGUGCAUUGAUAUCCAGAAAAAGACUGAUCAUGCUAUUGCUUUUGCACUGUCUUUCUGAUUAUGCCAAGGAUACAUUGCAUUAUUUACAGUGUAAAAUGGUGGUGUUUCUUUUUUGGUGUAUGUAAGCAUGCAUGUGUGUACUUGUGAGUGUGUGUAUGCAUGUGUGGUUAAUUCUGAAUUAUAACGAAACAGCACAAAAUACUUUUUUAUACUCCGAGCUCACUGGAUGAAAUAGGCUUUUUUUGAGACAUAUUUACAGUUAAUAGUGCAUGACUUUUUAAGAGUUGACAGCCAUAGUAACGGUACUCCUGUUGAAAGAAAACCAAAGUAUUGAGCUUUCUGUAGAUCUUUAGUUUUACUGCUUACAGUAUAUUGCCUCACCAUACAAGAGAGAAGGAUAAAAUGUUGCAGUAGGCUGAACAUAUUUGGCAUAUGGGAUUCUUUCAGAUGUCGUCAGACUUAAAAAGUGUCUUUUUUGAACCCUGGAGAGACAAAAUAAUACCUGAUGUUCUUACAUUGCCCUGAUUCACAAUCGUUAAUGUAAUAUGGCUUGUGUUAAGUCUACACGCAGACAGAGGCAGUAAUGGUCAAUGAAAGGAACAGAGGAAGGUGUGUACACCUUGUAAAGAGCCAUUCUACUGCAUUAGAUGUGUGCUGCUAUGGAAACUAAUUAAUGCCAAAUUUGGACCAGUCACAAAUACGAUCAACACCACAUAGAGGACCAAUACACCCCUAUGGUGCAAACAUAAAUGUAGGCAUCCAGAAAGGCAUUCAUCCACACAGAGGAGAGCACAUACAUUACUUAAGCACAUACAAUAAGCACACAACUUCUACAAAUGCACGACCUAUAGUCCUUUAGCCGAAACCUUUCAAAUGCUCCGUGUACAUUGACCCAUUUUCUCAAGACCACAGAAGCUUUGGUGCAGUGUCUGGCUCCUGUCGUCUUUCAGGCAUACAUUUUCACAUAUGUAAGCUUCAUUUUGAGUUUUCCUCAAAAAAUAUAAGCUUUAGCACGACUCUCAAAUGCAGUCUCAGAAAUGUGAGGCGCUCCAGAUAUCUUUAUAGCCUAUAUCUUUAUCAGCAUAGAACUUUCACUUGAUCUGCAACAGUGUAAAUACAUCAUGUUUCAAGUGUUUGCCUUAUUCAAUAAGCUUACAGUGAUUGCAACCUGCCUUUUUAGAUAUAUUCACUUUGAUAUGCAGAUCAUACUUUUUGUAAAUAGCCAAAAGCUGUAAACUAUGUUGUAUCUUGUACAGUGUAAAGUUGGGUUAUUGAAUAUUUUGUAAUAAAGACAAUAUUGGUGUAUAAAA